AUGAGUAACAAGAAACAGAAAAAACCACCCAGAGCAAGUAUUCCGGAAGGAAUGUCGGAAACAGACUUUUCAGUUUUCAUUAAUAUAUGUCAAUCAGAAAUACUAACAUCGUUUGACGCAAUCGACAUAAAUAAAGAUGGCAGCAUAACGAAGGCAGAAAUGAGAGAGGCGGCAAGUAUGACCGGAAUGAAUCCCACGGACAAGGAGGUAGAUGAUUGGUGGGCAGAGGCUGAUGCUAAUGGCGAUGGGGUAAUUAGCUUGCAGGAAUACGUCAACUUAAUGUCGGAUAAGUUCGUUGCUGUGGACAUUGAACAAGAGAGAAUGCGAACUGCAUUCCAAGUGAUAGACAAGAAUGGAGAUGGGAAAAUAUCUCUUCAAGAAUUCAGAGCAGUGAUGCUAUUCAACGACAUGUUCACUAAAGAUGAAACGGACCAAUUAUUUCGGAAAAUAGACUCGGGUGGGAAAGGAUACAUAGACUACAAUGAUUUCAUCAAUAACCAGUUGCACGAAGUUGUGUUCUAG